AUGGCUCACUUGACUACGAUUAGAAUCUUUGAGGUUGUCAAGGUUGAAUCUCACGGUACUAUGAAUAUUGUUAGCAGUACGUGCAACUCUUCAAUGGUAACUAAACUGUGCAAUGACGACGAGAUUUCCAUCCUCGGUAUCUACCCAUCCGGUAUGAUUACUGGUGCUCUGGGUCGAAAUGUUCAAGGAAAGCUUGGAUCUCAAGUCACCUACCGCGGAAUCCUCUCAAACAAAGUUGAACACUUCCACAAUGUUAAAUACGCUGCUGAUACAUCCGGACCUAACCGUUUCGCACCUCCAAAACCAUUUAUACCCCCUCCUGGUACCAUCAUAGAUGCUUCUUUACCCGUUCCAGCAUGUCCUCAAAUCAGAGAUCCUAUGCCAUCUUUUUUCUCUACAGUUGAAGAAGUCAGCGAAGAUUGUCCACACUUCCACAUUGCUCGACCAAGCGUAUCGCAUCUGAACCCAAAAAGCAAUCUCCCACUCGUUGUAUACAACGCCGAAGGAGGCGCCAUCAAAGGUUCCAGUCAUGAUGACCACAUCUCCCCCGACAAACUCAUCUCACUAUCCGUCACCGACGGCAAUCCCAUAAUCUUCGUAGCACUAAAUUCCCGUCUCAGUAUCUUCGGAUUUCCACACCUACCUUCAUUAAAAGAUGAGGAGUCUCUCAAUCUUGGUCUGCGGGAUCAACGUGCGUCGUUCGAAUGGGUUAGAGAGCAUAUCCGAGAAUUCGGUGGCGAUCCAAAUCGUAUUACUGCCUAUGGCUUGAGUGCUGGUGGUACCAUGACCUCCCUUCAGAUAAUGGCGUAUGGUGGCAUGAAAGAUAUACCUUUUCAAAUUGUGGCGGAUCAAGUGGGUUGUGGAGGACUUGUGGAUUCGGAGAUUCUUUCAUGCAUCAAUAAGAUAUUUGGAUGGACUCAAGAUGACGGUGCCAUGAAUGUCGAUCCUGGACAUCUCAUUCAAACCGAGGAAGACAUGAUAACCUCCAUCAAAUCACUCGUACAUGCCAUGACUACAGAACAAUACGCAGAACUAUUCGAUCUAUACCCAGCCCCAGACUUCGAAGAAGAAUUAACCAAUUACAUAUCACAGAAAUUCGCCGAGGAUCCUGAUAUUUCAGUUUCACUAUUUUCGCGUUUCCCGCAUCUUGAGAGAUUAUUGUUUACCUGUUCCUCCAUCGAUUUCGGGUACCACAUGAUAGAAUGGACACAACAAACGCUCAAUCCUACAUCCACGGGAGUAAGACUCUAUGACCUAAAUCAGAGUGCUUUGACUCCGCUAUGGAAAGGGGCUGGAAUGCCUUGUGUCAAAGUAUCUCACGGGUCCGACAACGACUAUCUAUUCAACGGUGUAUUUCCAGAAGGUCAACUGACUGAAGAAGAUAAUGAGAUGUCGGAGACGAUGGCGAGAAGUCUUGUCAAUUUUGCGUAUACUGGGAAUCCGAUUAUCGAGAUAGAAAACACAAGACUCGAGAGCUUUAAGGUUCAAGUCAUUGGAGGUCAUCAUGGGAGUGGCUCUGUUGGCUUGACCGACGAAAAUGGCCAUGGCAGUACAAAGCGGAAUCUGGAAAAUGAGAGUAUUGGGACAUGGCAACAAGUUCUGUCUAGCGCAGAGGAGUUUAGUCUGAUGAGUUCGGCGAAGGAAGCGGAAAGGAAGAGGUUGAUUGAGGGAGAAAAACUGUUUCGACAAUGCAGAUAUAUCAAUAGUUGGGCGGAUACACUCGAUGUAUGA